CCUAACGUACAAGCAAGGCUCCGGACAUACUAGAGACGCGACUUCAUGCUCAGGCCCCGGCGGAGGUUUGGAUUUCGGGGGUGAGGCAGGGGAAGCCGGUGUGCGUGCCUCGGAUCUUCGAGGCGACGAGAGAAAAUGGAGACGAUGGCCAUGGCGAGGCGCUUGGGCUGUCCUCUGCCAUCUGCGCGGCCGUGGUGCACCGGCAGGUUCUGCCACGGAGCGCGAGCCUUGCAGACGCCCGACCUCCGCCAAUGGGUCGAGAAGCACGGAGGCUAUGUUUCCCCCGGGAUCGAAUUGAGUCAAGACGGACAGUCCGGGCUCGGAUUGCUCGCUUCGCAGUGGAUCCCGCGCGGGCAGACGCUCAUUCGUCUGCCCUCGCGUCUGCAGCUGGGAAUGCGCUCCGGUGAUGCCAAUUGUCCGGCCGACGAGACGCUUCAAACCAUCGCCAAUCGUGUGCCAGAGGAGUUAUGGUCCUUAAAACUGGGUCUGAAAUUGCUGAACGAGAAGGCGAAGGAGAACUCAUUUUGGUGGCCUUACAUCAGCCUUCUUCCUCAACGGUUUCAGACACCAAUUUUCUUUUCUGGAGAGGAGAUCGCAAGUCUCCAGUACCCACCUUUGAUUCACCAGGUGAAAAAGAGGUGUCAGGUUCUUUAUCAAAUCUCAUCAAAGGACAUUCCCGCAGUGUUGGAAACAUGUCCGGAGGAGAAACAUCCUUUUGGUGGGCAGCAAGUGGAUGGAGGUGCCCUAGGCUGGGCGAUGUCUGCUGUUUCCAGCAGGGCGUUUCGAUUACAGAAUAGCGCUGGGGAUUCAGAAAGAGUCCUGUUGCCGCUUAUUGACAUGUGCAAUCACAGUUUUUCUCCCAAUGCGCGUCUCGAGCAGAUUCCGACGCCAGACAAUACAGACUUUCUAUUCCAGGUCGUGGCAGAAUCGUCUUUGGAAAAGGGUAUGCCACUAUCACUGACCUACGGCGCACUAAGUAAUGACUACUUACUCUUGGAUUACGGCUUCGUCGUUUCGGAGAACCCCCACGAUCGUGUCGAACUGAAAUAUGAUCCAUCUCUUCUGGAUGUGGCACGCAUGGCGGGUGGUUUGAGUAGCCAAGGACCACAGUCUUUCACCUCUCCUGCACCAUGGCAACAAGCUCUCCUCGCUCAACUCCGCCUUCAAGGUGCUGGAGCAUCGCUUAUGGUGACUUUAGGAGGCCCUGAUAUUGUAGAAGGUCGAUUACUUGCUGCUCUGAGAAUACUCUAUGCUGCUGAUGUAUCCGAACUUCGCCACCAAGACUUGGAGCAGCUGCAGCAGUGGGGUUCGAAGCCUCCUCUUGGAUUUGCAAAUGAACGAAACGUUCUUCGUACCUUGGCAGCGCUUUCCGCCUUGGUGCUCACACGUUCCUUUGCAACAACUGUAGAGCAAGAUAGGGCAUCGUUGGGAACUUUAGAACAUUCUAGCAAUCAGCAGCUCACUAUGGGAUACCGACUGGAAAAGAAGCAGAUGUUGCUCGAUACAGUCGAAAAAGUGAUGGAUAGAUUAAAUUCUUUGAAGCCUGACUCGAAGGUGGGUCAGGAAGUCAAAGCAAGAAAAGGCAAGGGGUUUGGCUGAAGACGUUACAGCUUUUUCAAGUGAUCAAUCUUUGUCGUUCACGUUCAUUCCACAAAUAUAAAUUUCACUUCUGAAAUGUACUAGCUUUUACGAAUUACGUUUCCAACACGCGCAGUCUGUAGGAAGAGUUGUAGUUGUGUGCUUCUCGUCUUCCACUUUCUGGGCAGGACAUCAACUGAAUGCGAUCAAUCACGGAGAAUUCCGUUCUUCACUUGCAAUUUUA